AUGUGUUUGAAACGAUUACACCAGUUGAAAUCUCGUCUCGAUAAAGACAAACCCUUAUUGCAAGAAUCCGAUGCAAUUAUCAAAGAUCAAGUGAAAGGAGGAAUUAUUGACCCAGUUCUUGUUGCACAUGAAACCGGUUAUUUCCUACCCCAUCAUGGCGUACUUCGAAAAGAUAAGGAAACUACAAAACUUCGCGUGGUUCUCGAUGGUUCGGCAAGAGCUACUAAGAAAGAGCAGUCACUCAAUCAUUGCAUCGAAAAGGGACCAAAUUUUGUUCAUCGUUUAUUUGACACUAUUAUAAACUUUCGAGGCUUCCCCAUUGGGCUUGUUGCCGAUAUCGAAAAGGCUUUUCAUCAAAUACAAAUUGCUCCCGAAGACAGAAGGAUGCUGAAGCUCCUUUGGUUUGACGAUAUUAACAAAGUUCACCCGAUGCUAAAGGAAUACAAGUUCCGACACCUACCAUUUGGUCUUACCCCAAGUCCUGCAAUAUUAUCUACUGUUAUUCGUCACCACGUUUCGAAAUACAAGAAUGUCGAUCCAGAAAUAGUCUCGAAUUAA